AUGAGUGACAACUUCAUUGAGAUCAGGGUUCUCGGCGGCGAACAGUGUUACCUUGGGCAGCUAUACGACACUAGAACGAGCGCCCUUUUGCCAGGUCACGCUUUGUACAAGAAUUCAGACAUCCGUCCCCGCCAAACGUCCGCGAAGAGCACCAAGAUCCACCUCGUCGCUAUCAAUAGUUUCUCCGACAGGGCGUCGAGCCUCAACAUAUCGGCUCAGCUCUCGCUUGCUGUCCUGGCAGGUCUGAUCAACGCAAAUGGCAGUGGGUCCUUCCUCACCAGUCACGACGACACGGACGAAUCCGUGACGAUAGCGCUCAUCUCUCGGUAUCGGUCCCACACCGAGUCGCUCGACUUCAACGACCUUGAGAACAGGAUGUCUAUGUCUGCCCAUGGGUUGGCAAGCAUCGGCGCCACGCACGUCGUUACCAGCAUCACAUACGGUGGCGAUGUCAUCGGCACCAUGACGCAACGGUCGGCUCACACUACGGAUGCGACAGUCGUCAGGGGGGGAUAUGAUCUCUCGCUUAGGACGAUGAAAAACAUGGGGAAAGCGCUUGGCGUUGGGAGCAACGGUGGACUCACUGGCGAUGAGAAGGCAUUGCUGGAUGGCUAUGACCUCAAGGUGGAUCUUGCGGCGGACUUCAGGCUCGAGGAUGAUCAAAUACCGACGGACCCAGCAUCGAUGCUUGAGCUACUCAGGAAGAGUAGCUCGCUCGUAGGCGAUGGCGUCCCAUGCGAGGUCCGAUUGACACCCCUCUCCAAAUUGCUUUCGGGUGUCCCCUCCAUUCGCGAGCUUGCCGAAGCUGAUCUCCUCGACAUCAGACACGCGUUUGACAACUUCUUGAAACUCGAGCAUAGUCGUGCUCGGAUGUAUGACGCCGUCCAAGCUCACCAGGAGUUCUUCCCCUCAUUCACCUCCCUUGUCGCGACACGCUCCAUCGAAGUAACCAAGCUCGUUCAGCGGGCGCGAGACCGGCUGCGCGCAUACUUGCAGACGCAUCGCAGUGCCCGUGUCACGGACGCUCCCAAGGACCAUGUAACCGCUGGCGAGUUCGUUGCCUCGAUCCGGACGGGGUUCACCGCUGCGGCGAGUGACCACGAGAAGGAUAAGGCUUUGUGGCGCAAGUGUCAGGACAUACUCGCCGUCGCUAAGCGUCACGAAUUUCCUAUCGUCAAUAUUAGCAGCAUCAGCGGCAAAAUGUCUCGUGUAAACCAGACGGCGCUUGUCGCGAUCCUUGUUCCGGAGAACCCUCAUUGGGAGACCCUCAUCACGCUGUACAGCGACAUCGCCGUUGAUAUUCGGCAGUGGCGCCGGUCCAUCGACAUUUCCGAAGGUGUCUCAACCGAGUACAUGACCAUCUACGCGGAUCCGUAUCGCGACACCAUGCUUCACUCGUUGGAUGACAAGGCUGCGACUUUGAUGUCUGCGCUUCAAGCAGCUAGAAACUCAAAACAGGCUGUUCUACUUUCGUACGGCCGAUCUAGCGCUCCUGUAGGCGGCUACUCCUGGCGUUUGCUCAACGAGGAUGGUUGGGGUGUGGUUGUCAACAAGGUUGAGGCUUGGAGAUACGUCGGAGAGGUCGCGAGGUCCAAGCCUCAUGGCAGCGGUGUCAUCACCUACGUGAACAAGAAAAAGUACAUCGGCAGCUUUGUACACGGUCAGUGCGAUGGAGAGGGCAAAGUCGUCGACGAGGGAGGUAUUGAUGUCCCCGGAAUGAAUGGGGUUUUCAUGGCGAACGUCUUGAAACCACAUGGCGUUAUGGUCGAAGUGACCGUCAUGAGCAAGAACGGUAUACCUGUACAACAUCGUCGGGUCGCGCUGAACCGCUGGGAUUCGGUGCGCGCACAUGCCGCUCGUUUGGCAACAGUACUAGAUUGGGAUGGCUCACGGCGCCUUCGCAUCGUCGUCGAUGACGGGGCCGCGCAGGUGGAUGUGUUGGGUGGCAUGAUCGAUCCUGAUGAGAGUCCCGCGGUGGAAAGCUCGUGUUGGCAAUUGGGAGAUCUAUCGCGGAUUGUGGCUCACAUUCGUUAA